AUGACACUAAUUCGCCAUAAUUCUGCUAAAAACCUUAUCCAGUUAACAAUUUGGUGCCCCUUGAUGAAAGAUUCAACGAGAAGAAUCAAAGCAACAACGAAGCCAGCGAUGGUAUAUAUAAUAACGAAAAAAACUGGCGAACAAAGAACCCACAAAAUCAACCUCGAAAAUAAUGAAACCACAAAGGAAGAAUAUAAACUUAAACUGGGAGACGAGAUAGCACAAGGCAUAUACCUACAACUGGCGAAAAUCAGGGAACUCUUUCCAGUUGACUCUUACGAAGAACUAGAGGAAUCCACGCAAAGAGAUCAAGGCUUCGGAUCCACGGACCGACGAGUUAUUAUAAAUUGUUUAUAA